ACAACUGCCUCAAGCCCUCGUUCGAUGUGUAUGAUUUAACUCGCAACUCAUUAUUUUAAAUAUUCAUUACUUUUUAACAAUUACGUAAUUUCCCUUUGUGUUUGCUGUAUAAGUUCAAUCAAAAUGAGUAAUAUGUACAAAGUGUGGUUCGUUGCUGUGGUGUUUGCGACAGUUUUGUCUGCAGUGUACAGCUAUGCUACACCGUCGGAACAGUGCCCGGGAGAAUCGUUCGAGGAUUUGCGGGAUAGGAUCCAAGUGACACCGUGCGGCCAAAAACGCUGCAAGCUCCCGAAGAACUCCAAUAUCACCGUUGUAUUCAAAUUCACUCCAAAAAAAGUGGUGAAGUCAAUCACGAACGAAGUGUUCGCCAACAUUGCCGGAGUACCUCUACCAUUCAUCGGUGUCGACGGCACGGACGCGUGCGGGGACGUGAAGCGCGCCGACACGCAGGAGGCGGUGGCGUGCCCCCUACCAGCCGACCAAGACUACGUCUACACAAACGUGUUCCCAGUACAGCCCUUCUAUCCCGCAGUCAACCUAAGAGUCCACUGGAAUCUCAAAGACGGUAAAAAGAGCUUAAUUUGCUUUGAAGUACCAGCAGUUAUUACAGCUGGUAAGAAAAAUUAAACUUAUUUUUCUGUCAAAACAAAUGACUAAAAUAUUGUGAUGUAUACAAACAAUCAUGCAAAGUCCCUAUUUUUAUACGUCGACGAACCAAAUAAUUGUUUUGGAUGUUAAAUAAGCUGUUAUACCGUCGUAUAGGAAUAUUUUGAUAAUAUUUUAAUUAAUGUUAUUUUAAACGAAAUUAAACACAUUUGUAAAACAG